AUGAAUAACCCAUCAAUACCCCAACUUCCUUAAGCUUCUAUCUAUGAGCCAACAAUAUCGGUUUAGAAAAUUUAGCCACAUUAUCGAUUUGAUUCCAAUAAUAUGCCUAAGAUUCAGUGUUAUUACCAUUAGGACAGUCCAAAUAAUUACAUCAAAUACUUUUGUAGACAACCAGAAUGCUUAAUGCCAUUAUGCGAUAAGUGUGUUCAAUAGCAUUUGAAUUAAUACCACACAUAAAGUUAAAGUAAUAUUGUACCAUUUGAAACCAUACUUUCAGAAAUCUACUAGAAUUUAGCAGCAGAUUGCAAUGAAAUGUGUGAUUAAAUCAAUAAAAUUCAGUAGUUGUCAGAAAGAGCAACAUCUGAUAAAUUAGUUGGAAAACAAUCAUUAUAAACAAAUCCAACCAAAUUGAUAGAAUCUGCAAGGGAUUAAGUUAUUGCCAUUGUCAAUAAUUAUUUUGAGACUCUGAAGACUUAUCUUCUCACUUAAAUUGAAGAACCAUUGCCUGAAAUAAAUGUCAAACCUGCCAUAAAGGAUAUGAAGUUCAGAUGGGAAUAAAACAUCAAAGAUUUAGAGUCAAUCAAUAACCCAGCAGCAGCUAUUGAAAAAGUUAUUGAAUACUGUGAAGAGGAAUUAAGGAAAAAAAACGAUACAAUUUUGAAUGAAGCUGAAAAAUUGAUCAAACUAUUAGAAACUACAACACCUCAAUAUAGAUAAUAUGGAGUUGAUAUUCCUCAACUGUUUGUUGAUCCAUCAUUUCUCCCUAGAUUUUUAUGGGUUCUAGAAAGAUAUGCAUUUUUUAAUCAUCCACCUAUGGAACCAGAAGUCUUUCCUCCUCCAAGAAUAGUUGAACAAAUCCCUGUUUAUGAUCUCCCACCUCCACCCAGAUAUUAUGAUCCAUAUCCCCCAAUGGAAUAAGUUAUUUAUAGAGAUCCCAUUGUUAUCAGGGAGCCUGUAUUUAGGGAUAGUUUAAUUAGAGAAAAUGAAUAUCCAGAUGAUUAUGAUGAUGCUUAUUGGCAGCGAAGAAAUAGAGGAAGACAAUAAUAAUAUGAUUACUAUCCUGAUAAUGAUAAUGAAGCCUAUUAGAUGAAAAGUGUAUCUAAAGAAAAAAAGAGGAAAUCAAAAGUCUAAGACACUUCUCCAUAGCCAUUAUACAAAAUUACUGAGCAGUAUGAAUCACAAAAAAAAAAAAAAGCAAACAAAUCAAAAGGUCCAAAAGAAAUAGUCAUUAGUCAUGCAUAACCUUCAUAUAUCAAUCUGACAACAACCUAAUUACCAUAAUAACAAAUUUAUUAGCCUUAACAAACAACAACAUACUAGGUUCAACCUACUUAUUAAGCUUUGUAAACAGCCAAUAUCUUAUUACCUACAAACACUCAAUUAGAUUAGUCUCAAAAAGCACCUUCCGGUAUGACAAAAUCAAAAAUUACAAACUAAGCUUAUAAAAAUUUAUGA